AUGAUCGAAAUGAUUGGAGCUGAAGGAAAUCUGAAUGACGAGUUAAUUAUUUUGGGAUUUAUCGGUCGAAGUGAUAAUUCAUAUGGCACCACGCCGAUGUGCAGUACUCCAGCAUGGAGCCGUGAUUUGGAGGCAACAGAUAGUUCGUUAGAUCGAGUGGUUGCUGAAUCCAGUGUUUUUUAUGGGCAAACUAGUUUUAUUGAUGGAGUACUCCUCAAAUGCGCUGAUUUGAAACGUGAGAACCCAAUUCAAUUUUUUUUCUGA